GGCAAAGCAACGAUCUCUUCGUCCGGCUGUAGGACCUGAGACACAUCCAAAUGUCAAAACGCGCGGCAACAGAGAUUCAGUCAACAUCAAGCGACACUGCCAGGAAGGCACCGCGGAACAGCGCGCAGCGGGAAAAUGCCGCGCAAGUGGACGAGAUGGGCGAGUUCGAGGAUGGCUGGGAGGACGAGUACGAAAGCGAUGAUGAUAUCGUCGAAGGAUCAACAGAAGAAGGGGAAGAUGGCAUGGAUAUCGACGAGGUUAUGCCUGCGAUCGAGGAGUCGGACGAAGCUCCUACUGCGCCCAACGUAUUCAUUCCAGGAGUGCACCAACUAGAGAAGGAUGAGAUUCUCGAACCAGACGACUCAGUGUACAUCAUGCGACAUUCUAUGAAUGUAAACUGGCCUUGCCUUUCGUUCGACGUCCUCCGGGAUAGCCUAGGAGAUGAACGGCAACGAUUCCCAGCUUCGGCGUACAUUGUUGCAGGGACACAGGCAGAAUCAGCAAAAAACAAUGAGCUCUCCGUAUACAAGCUGAGCUCAUUACAUCGCACGCAACGAGACGGGGAUGAUUCAGACUCAGAAAACGACGACGACGACGAUGCCUUAGACGAAGACCCCAUCCUGGAGUUUCGAUCUGUUCCUCACCUCGGCGGCGUGAACCGUGUGCGCGCACAACCCCUCCCAUCUUCAUCGACAUUGCCACCAGUCUCACAGCCUUACUAUGUUGCCAGCUGGGCAGAAACAGGGAAGGUGUACAUAUGGGACGUCCGGCCGCUGAUCGAAGCUCUCGAUGUGCCCGGGUACUCCGUAGACAAGGCGCGAACACACUCUCCCGCGUUCACUAUCAAUUCGCAUGGUCGUGCCGAAGGCUUCGCGAUGGACUGGGCUUCGUCUGGUGAAGCGAAUCCUACCGCACUGCGUCUCUUGACCGGUGACAUUCAGUCAAAGAUCUACCUGACCACGACCACCCCAUCCGGUUUCAAUGCUCUAUCCCAGCCAUUCAUUUCACACACGUCUAGCGUAGAAGAUCUACAGUGGAGUCCCACGGAAGCAACUGUAUUCGCAUCGUGUUCAGCAGACCAGAGCGUACAGGUAUGGGAUGUCCGGAGCAAGGGGAGGAGAAGUGUCGCGGGCAUUGAGCGGGCUCAUGAGAGCGAUGUGAACGUCAUUAGCUGGAAUCGGGCAACGACGUAUCUCCUAUUGAGUGGAGGGGACGAAGGUGGCAUCAGAGUGUGGGACUUGCGGAAUGUGAAGAAAAAAGGGGCAUCCACGCCAGAUCCUACCCCCGUCGCGAUAUUCAACUGGCACCGAGCGCCCAUUACAUCCAUAGAAUGGCAUCCAACCGAAAACUCGAUUUUUGCGGCCUCCGGGGCGGAUGAUCAAGUCACCCUAUGGGAUCUUGCUGUGGAACAGGAUGACGACGAGACAGGUGCAAUGGAAGACACACCGGAUGGUGGACGAGAUGUCCCUCCGCAGUUGCUGUUUGUCCACCAAGGACAGAAGGACAUCAAGGAGGUCCAUUGGCAUCCCCAGAUACCGGGGACAGUGGUCAGCACGGCGUUGGAUGGUUUCAACGUAUUCAAGACGAUAUCAGUCUGAUCGAUAUAGUCCACAUCUAUCUCAUGUCAUGCCGCUCUUAUCUGCAGAUAUGCAUAUAUAUGGUGUAUCGAUACACAGGAUCACGAAUAGGGUCAGUGCACAAGACGUCUAUUCGGAUGGUCAUGUGCUGUAAACGAGAGGAACGAAUCCACAGAACCAGUGUUCUUUGAAACCUUGCCACACAGGAGUUAUAGAACGCGGACCAGCUAUCGAUAUUCCGACGACCGUCGAAGGGAAGGUGCUCUGUUCGGGUGCACAAAAAACCACGGAGGUGUCUUGCCCCAUCCUGUCGCGAGAUUGUCCGUCUAGCGAGAGCCCCGCAAACUCCUGGCGGAGGCCGACGGGUGAUGCGACUCGUCAAAGGGAUUCUCACUGACGGCAACCCUCCGUGACAUCGCACGUCAUCAGUACAAACCCGACUGGUUGUUACCCUUCGGGGAACGUAUC